CGCAGUUUGAGAAAAAUGAGAUCAAAUGUAGCUCUCCUGGUUGUGGGAGUGAUUAUUUGUGUGAGCUUUUGUGCUUUUGUGGCAGCGGGGCUCAAAUGCCAGACAGAGGAUGGACCAACAGAGGACGAUGUGAAAAGAAUUGUUAGAAUCUGCAUGAGGAAGAUCGGUGAGGAAAUCGACGAGGACAACGACUAUGAUGAUGACGAUCAGCGUGACUCGGAUCAGGACAACUAUAGAAGUAGAAAUCGGGAUCAUUUGCGUGGCAGACAGGGCAGAUAUCGACGCAGUACCUACAGAAAUUCAGACCGAGACAGAAGUCGCUAUUCAGGAUCAUCUGGAUCCUCUGGAUCUGGCUACGGACAGAACAACAGCCAAUCCAACUAUGACAGACGAUCAGAGUACGACAGAACAUGCCUGAUUCACUGCUUUUUCCAAGAGAUGAAGAUGACGAAUGAGGAUGAGUUUCCAGACAAACACAAAGUGCUGCAUGUGCUCACGAAGGAACUUAGGGAUCGCCAGCUCAAGGACUUCUAUACAGAUUCAAUUCAGGAGUGUUUUCACAUCCUGGAGAUGGAUCAAAGACGGGAUAAAUGUGAAUUUUCCCGGAAUUUAAUCUUUUGCCUCGGAGAACGCGCGAAAGCAAAUUGUGACGACUGGAAUGACAACACGGUUAUCUUCUAACCAUGGAUUUUUUGGCUAAUCGACAAACGCGAUAUACACAGGACACUUCUUAGAAUUUAAAAAGGCAAUGUCAAGUGUAGAAAAUUAAAGUGAUAAAUAAAAUAUUCACUUCAUGAGCA